UAAACCAAAGUGGAAACCUGUUCGACAAUCGACAUGACGAGCACCCAAAAAAGAAUGUGGCUAUUUUGUGUUUCGUGCAGUACUCUUUGGCUGCUCGAUCAAACUGGACGCAUCGGAGACAAUAGCAGUAUACGAUGGAACCCAGAAGUGAAUAUCAACGCACGGCGUCGCAGUCCACGGUGGGUUAUUCACCGUUGCCCGAGCCAAGUCGGAUCGAAACAACCUUUCCUCAUCAAUAUCAACUGCAUUCUAGCUGCUGCAAUAGGGAUAUGCGAAAUCAGCCACAGGCCAAUGCCUUGGGCGCAGCUGCACUGAUCUUCCUGUCCGGCGGCAUGAACAUUGCUUGGAGCAUUGGCUUCGACAGUCUCGAGGAUGAGCUGGUGAUCUGCAUGCAUCUGCGUCUAGCAUGGUUUUUCGGUGCCAUUCUAGGAGCUGUACUCGGCGUUCUGCUGGGCAAUCGUUUCACCUACAAACUGCUCAUGCAAUUGUGCUGUCUGCUUGUCGUCAUUGGUGGCAUCAUUCUGACUGCCUCGCAUCUGGAUGUGCAGUCGAUGCUGGCAGCACGUUACCUCAAUGGCCUGGCAAAUGGCUUGGCUUUGCCAAGCACCUUGGCCAUGGCUGGUGAGUUGGCAGUGUGCUAUAAGCGUGGCAACAUUACCUCGGCCACGGAGCAGAUGUCCUGCACUUUGGGCAUAUUUAUGCAGAUCGUUAUCAGCGUCAGCUGGAGCACGGAAUACGAGCUGAGCGUGGACCAAUUUCAGGGCAUACUCUGUGCGAUUUACGGCAGCAUUGCCUGGUGUCUGGCUAUGUUGUUCAGCAUCGAGUCGCCUGUGCUGCUGCUGGCCAAGGACGAAGAGGAGCUGGCCAUCGAUGCGCUGAUACGGCUGCAGUAUCCUCGAGCUGUCACAACGGAGACCAACGAGCAGCUCACCGAACACAGCUCCUACAUUGGACACAACCAUUCGCUGAGCACAACUGAAGCCUGGUGUCAGGCUCUGCCUGCUCUGCUUCGUCUCUGUCUGCUGCGUGCCCUCUACGCCUUGAGCACUAGCAUGCUGAUCGUCCUCACACUCACCAUGACCAGCACCAGUGUCUACGGAAUCAGCUCGGGUCCCUAUGUGCUCUUCGGAUUGCUGCGUCUGGCCGGCAGCUGCAGUGGCGCCUUUGUGCAGGACACUUUGGGUCGCAAGCUAACCCAGCUGAUUGGAUUUAUGGUCUGCAGUGGCACAUCGAUUGGCAUUGCCAGCAGAUUUAGUGGCGUCGACUUUGUGCGAACUGCAGACUCGAGGAUGGCAGUUUGGUUGCUCCUCCUCUUCCAAUUCUUUGCUGGCCUCAGCUUUGCCCCAAGUCCUGUUUAUCUCUCGGAGGCAUUUCCUCUCGCCGUGAAGCGCAUCUGCAUUGCCAUCGCCUAUGUGAUGGAGCUGGCUGUUCAGAUAGCGGUCUUCACCUUGGACUUGAGUCUGCAUACGGCCAGCAUUUAUUUCUUCGGCCUCGGCACUUUUUUGUUGCUGGGCUUUGCAUUUAGCCAUUGGUAUCUGCCAGAGACCAAGUUUCUCACUCUGCGCCAGGCACAGCAAAAGUUUCGGGACUUCUCGUGAUCAACCUACAGCCCAGAAGUAGGCACAACAUACAGCAAAGACUAUCUACCACCUAAUGUUAUAGCUAUAUUUAGACAUAAAAACCUUGCCUGAUUAAAAUAUGUGUGUAUUUUAUAGACUUUUAUAUUAAAUGACUGAUAAACCACUUGAAAUAACAGCGAGCUUUUCAACUUCUUGCACAUAAUGACUUUCUAAUCAGAGAGCAAUCGCCUUGAUUUCUUGAGUGCAUUCGACGAAUUAUUGGCAAAUUCUAGUGAAUAGCGAUUACUACGAAAUAAAAGUUCUAGUAAACUCUGAACCACAUGAGAAAACAAUGCUAUCGGUAAAUA